AUUAUUGCUCAACUGAUGAAGAUUGCUUAAAUGAUGGCAAAUGUAUAAAGGAAUCAAAUGAUAUCGUAAGAAGGACGUGUUAUUGCGCUUUUGGCUAUUUUGGACAAAAUUGUGAUCGAAGUUCGUUUUGCUCAUCACAAGUUAUUAUUCGUCAAAAAUUUGCUUCACAGUGA